GUCACAUUCAUUGAUCCGGUCCGGGUGGAAAGUUUCAGGAUUUCAGCAAGGAUGUCAUUUAAGGAUGUUCGAGACCUCUCCGAGCACCUCAAGCUCCUGGGCUACCCGAACAACAUCCCGCUGUCGGUGCUGAACACUCCCUACGGAGGCCCGGAAAGCUUCAAAGCCUACUACGACAUCCUGACAUGGCUGAUCGGUCGGCUCGAGCCAAACCUGACCCUGGCCGGGGGCACCCGCAACGAACAGGACCGUAUCCUGUUCGUACGGUCGGCCACCGAAUUCCUGGUAACGAAAUCCAGCAUCAAGAUCAAUCCUCGGAAACUGUACGCCAGUUCGGCUGCCGCCGCCAAGGAACUACUCAAGGUCACGUCCUUGCUGAUUGCGUCACCCAAGGUGACGGGGACCGACGAGGAGUCGAUCAAGUCGCAUGUCGAGAUCGAUUUGUCUGACAAGAUGGACGAUUUGAAGAAGGUUCGCGGACUGUCAUCGGAGCUGACGAACCGCGGUGCUGCGCUGUAUGAUCUGCUGAAGAAGGAACUGGUCAAUAGGGAAACCCGUACGCUCCAAUCGACUCGUCCGCUCGAGUUGGCAACGGUGGAGAAGGUGAUCAAAUCGGCGAUCACUUCGUUGGACUCCAAGCUGGUCACGUCGAAGGCAACACUGGAGAGCCUGAAGGCUGAGAGUGGUAAUCUAACUUCUAAGAUCCAGCGAAAGUCAUCGGAGCUGGAGCGAUCCAAACAACGACUGCAAGCUCUGCAGAAGGUUCGUCCGGCUUACCUGGAGGAGUUUGAAAAGUUGGAAAUCGAACUGAAGAAUUUGUACGAGCAGUACAUAAUACGGAUUCGGUGCGUGGACGCGUUGAAAUCGCAGUUAAUCAGCAAAAAUCGCACUCCGACGCCUACUUCGCCGAUUGCCAAGAUGGCGGACAGCAGUAUGACGAUCCUGCCGGAAGGACUGAUGGAUUCGGACGAUGAGAACGAGGACGAGAUCGAUGAUUUUGACGAGAGGGAAGACGUAAAACUGAAAUCCGACAAGCGGGUGCUGCGAAGCGAACUGUUGAAUAGGGAUCGAGGUUCAACCCGGUUUCGCACCCGGAACGCAGAAGGAGGUCCGUCCGCGAUGAGUGGUAUAGAUCGUGCUCGGAUGAUUGGCGGAAUGAAUGACGAUCUCGGACCGCUGGAUAGCUCGCUUGGAAGUUCGGCAGAGUCGGAAAGCGAUCUGGAGAUGGACGGAAACGGACUUAUCGACGAGCUCCGUUCGGAUGAAGACGACGACGACGACGAUGAAGACGACGAGAGUCUGACCAAGCUGACGAGGGAAAACUCCAACCUGGCGCGGAGCGCCAAGCAAGACCAGAGUGACGAAGACUUCUGA